UCAAAGUCCAAGUAAACAUAAAAGGGUUGGCUCGGUUUUGCACAAUGGAGAUUCCCAUUUUUAUAGUGGAUGCCUUUACCAAUUUGCCAUUUAAAGGGAACCCAGCAGCUGUUUGUCUUUUAAACCAUGAGCUGCGCGAUGAAUUGUACCAGAAGAUAGCAGCAGAGAUAAACUUAUCAGAGACGGCCUUCAUCACCGCUGUCAAGCCUUCUGCGGAUUUCACAAAGGGUUCGAGGUUCCAUCUCCGUUGGUUCACACCGACCACAGAGGUCAAUUUGUGCGGUCACGCCACUCUGGCUUCUGCUGCCGUGCUCUUCAAGCACAAACAAAAUAUGAAUUCUACUGUGGUGUUUGAGACCAGAAGUGGUGAUCUGUCUGUUGUACAGCAGGGAGAGGAUUUAGUGAUGGAUUUUCCCCUCAACCCACCCACCAAGCAGGUUCCUGAUCAAUUUACAGAUCUUAUCAAGGCUUCAGUCGGAGACCACCCAGUCCAGGAUGUUUAUUUUAGCGCCAACACUAAAAAACUGCUGCUCCGACUGGAGGACACCUGUGACAGGUCAGUGCUCACCGGUCUUCAAGUCAAACCCGAUGCUCUGUUAAGCAGCGACAAGAGCGGACGAGUCAAAGGCCUUAUAGUCACCAUGAAAGGGUCUCCAGAUUGCCAGCCAAGAUAUGACUUCUACUCCAGAUAUUUUUCCCCUUGGAAUGGAAUUCCGGAGGAUCCCGUCUGCGGUUCUGCACACACCGUACUGGCAAGUUACUGGUCCGAAGAACUGGGAAAGAAGAAAAUGCUUGCGUUCCAGUGUUCUGGACGAGGUGGAGAGCUGCAGCUCGAGGUGAGAGAAGAUGGAAGACUCAACAUUGCGGGGAAGAGCGUCACUGUGCUGCAGGGAACAAUCACACUGUAGACACCUGCAGUGACCUGAGGUCAUGUUUUAUCAAGAAUUUUAUUAUUCAAAUAGGUGACAAAAAAAGACAAAAGCACAGAUAAAAUUACAGACGACCCAAUUAUACAAAAAUGGGCAGAAAGGUAAAAAAAAAAACAUUUGUAGAAUGACAUUGUCAGUAAUCUUAAUUAUCAUCACAUUAGAUGUUUGACUUAAUCUAAUUAAACCUUCAAGUUGAACCCAAAGCAUGUCAGUUCUUAUUGCCCUUCCUCUUUAGCAUCUUGUCUUUUCAAAUUUCAUAUGUACCAUUUGAAUGACCGAAAUUAAAUUAUACAGUUACUGUACAACACUUCAACGUUUUUACAGAUGAGUGUGUUUCACUCAAAUGUAUUCAAGUAUGAAAUAGUGUCAGGUUAACGGGGGUAAUCACAUUGUAAUGAUAAAAAAAUAAUAAUUACAUUACCCAGUUAAAUUAGUUGACUAAAAACCCCACAAUGAUUCACGAUUGUGAGCACAAAUAUAUACUAUGUACAGUAUCUUUUUUUUUUAUUAUUGAAGAUGCAAGGUACUGUAAAGACAUCUGUUACUGCACUGUGACCGGCGAGGCGGCAUUCGAUUGCUGCUGACGUCGAGGUGAUCACAGGAGCAUCAUGGGAAAGGCUUUGUGGGCCGACGGAGGGAGCUGGAUUAUGUGACGUUAGUUAAGGAGGGUCAAGACAACAGAAAGAAUGGACAUCUUGGAAAUUACAAGUGCAUGGAUGGAGGUUUUGCAUUUUGAUUAGACCAAACUUGCUAGAUUCACGAUGAAUCAACAAUGAACAGAUCAUGGCUAUAAUCAACUAAUAGCUUAUGAAUUCAUGGGUCUGUUUCAUACACAAAUUUGAAUUAAUGAGAAAUAGAAUUAAUCUAAAGUACUCUUAUACUGUAAACCCAAAACCAGGAAAUUGUAGUCUCUAAAGAAACAAAGAAAGAAGGAACCAAGAUUACAGUAAAGAAAAA